AUUAAAUCCUCGAAAACGCAUGAUAGUAUAGUAUAGUAUAUUCUUCUUCCUUCCAUUGCAUUGCAUUCUUCUUUCACAGAAAAAAUCUCCACUUGUGGUCUUGUUUCUUUCUUUUCUCUGCAAAUCCUUCGUUCUCUUCUCUCUCUUGAAUGUUGAAAUAACACUCUGCAUUUUCUCCAAACCAAUUCGAAAUCUCUUUCUCUCUCUACAAUGGAGUGUGGUUCCGAAGAUUUUUCAGAUAACACUCAAGGACCAGACUCUAACAAGGACCAACGAGUCUAUUUCGUUCCUCAAAGGUGGUGGAAGGAUUCUCAAGAUGCAAUGCCCGUGGAUUUGGAUAAGAAGAAGGGAAUUGUGUAUGCAUCUUCGCCUGGUUCAUCCUAUGGUCCAAUGAAGAUCAUCAAUAACAUCUUCAACUCAGAUCUUGUGUUUAAUCUUCAGAGGGAGGAAGAAUCGCGGCACAUUCUGGAGAAUGGUGAAGUGGGUGUAUCUGGGCGGGAUUUUGCUUUGGUAUCCGGGGAUAUGUGGUUGCAGGCACUCAAGUGGCACAGCGACUCAAAAAAUGCAAUGAAAGAUGAGAAGGGCUUUUCAGCAACCGACAAUGAUAUUGGGGAUGUAUAUCCGUUACAACUCAGGCUUUCUGUUCAGAGGGAAACAAAUUCCUUUGAAGUAAGAAUAAGCAAAAAGGACAAUACAGUUGAGCUUUAUAAAAGAGCCUGCAAAAUGUUCAGUGUGGAUUCAGAGAUGUUACGCAUUUGGGACUUUUCUGGUCAAAUAACCUUGCUUUUUAAUGAUGACGAAAAUCAUGUGCUCACGGACAGUCGAAGGCAGUCAGAUCAGGAGACUCUUUUAGAGUUGCAAGUUUACGGGUUGUCAGACUCAAUGAGAUGUAGGGAAGGAAAAAAAGAUGAGAUGGCAAAUUUUUCUGGCAGUGCUUCGAUGAAGAUGAAUGGUACUGCUGACAGUUUAAAUUCUGAUUGUAUGCGUGUGGGUUCUUUGACCUUCUCUCUAGGACCUGGUGAAGCGGGUUCCUUGGGAUUAACUGGAUUACAGAACCUGGGAAAUACUUGCUUCAUGAACAGUUCCCUUCAGUGCUUAGCACAUACACCAAAGCUUGUUGACUAUUUUCUGGAAGAUUAUGGUAGAGAAAUCAAUCCUGAUAACCCAUUGGGCAUGAAUGGUGAGAUAGCGUCGGCAUUUGGAGAUUUACUUAGGAAGUUAUGGGCUCCUGGUGCAAGUCCUGUGGCACCAAGGAUUUUCAAAUCAAAACUUGCUAGAUUUGCACCUCAGUUUAGUGGGUUUAAUCAGCAUGAUUCGCAAGAGCUUCUUGCUUUUUUAUUGGACGGACUUCAUGAAGAUUUGAAUCGUGUUAAAUGUAAGCCUUAUGUUGAAGCCAAGGAUGGAGAUGGUCGACCAGAUGAAGAAGUGGCUGAUGAAUAUUGGCAUUAUCAUCUGGCUCGCAAUGAUUCAGUCAUUGUUGACGUGUGCCAAGGCCAAUAUAAAUCAACAUUAGUUUGUCCUGUUUGUAGGAAGGUCUCUGUGACAUUUGAUCCAUUCAUGUACUUGUCAUUACCUCUACCUUCAGCAACAAUGCGGACAAUGACUUUAACUGUUGUUAGUAACAUUGGUGAUGGAAUGCCUCAAUUAUCAUCAUAUACAAUUUCCGUUCCAAAACAUGGAAAGUUUGAAGAUCUUACACGCGCUCUUAGCAUCGCAUGCUCUUUGGGGCCUGAUGAGACCUUCUUAGUAGCUGAGGUAUACAACAAUUGUAUCAUACGCUUCCUUGAGGAUCCAGCUGAUUCAUUAUCAUUGAUCAGAGAUGCUGACAAACUAGUUGCUUACCGGUUUCCGAAAGAUAAUGGGAAGGCCCCUCUGGUCGUCUUUAUUAAUCAGCGGAUGGAGGAGCAAUACAUCUACGGGAAAUCGGCUCCAAAUUGGAAGGCAUUUGGAAUUCCUGUUGUGGCUAGUCUUUGCAAUGUUGUAAAUGGAUCUGAUCUCUGCAAUUUGUAUCUGAAGUGGUUCCAUCCAUUACAAGAUUCAAUUGAAGGGACCUUAGAAAAUUGUGCUGUGUCUGAGAGAACUGAAGUUGUAGAAGUGGAAGGGGUUACAGAUCCUUGUUCAGAUCCAAAUGUAAAUGGGUUAGAUACACCUUCAGAUAUAGAAAUGGAGUUUUACCUAACAGAUGAUAAGGGGACUGUUAAGAAUUCCAAAAUAUUAAUGAACGAACCAUUUACAGUAAAUGGAGAGUUAAACCUGCUGCACGUGCUUGUAUGUUGGUCAGAAAAACAGACUAAAAAAUAUGACACACAGCUUUGUAGUUCGUUGCCCGAGGUUUGCAAGUCUGGCUUUUUUGCAAAGAGACCUCAAGAACCAGUUUCUCUGUAUAAGUGUCUUGAAGCAUUCUUACAAGAAGAACCUCUUGGCCCAGAAGACAUGUGGUAUUGUCCUGGCUGUAAAGAUCAUCGUCAGGCCAGUAAGAAGUUAGAUCUUUGGAGACUUCCUGAAAUUUUGGUCAUUCAUCUCAAGAGGUUUCAAUAUAGCCGAUUCAUGAAAAACAAGCUGGAGACAUUUGUUGACUUCCCUGUGGAUCACCUUGAUCUGUCAGCUUAUAUUACUCAUGGAAACCAGAAGUCUUAUCAUUACACACUUUAUGCUGUCAGUAAUCAUUUUGGAAGCAUGGGGGGUGGCCAUUAUACCGCAUUUGUACAUCAUGGUGGUGAUCAAUGGUAUGACUUUGAUGAUAGCCGUGUUUAUCCCAUCAGCAAGGAGAAGAUAAAGUCUUCCGCUGCCUAUGUUCUUUUCUACAGAAGAGUUUUUGAAGUUUUAACAUAAUGGGAGAGUAGCAUAUAGUUCGAACAGCCAAUUGAAGCUAGAUACCAUUUAUUAACAUUAUUGCCAUCAUAGUCUUACAAGUGUACAGAGGGUGAACCCUGGUGCAAAGAUAAGAUUCCUUCCCUGUGACCUGGUCGUCAGAGGAUCUAGUUACAGAAAUAGUUUGUGCUCAUGCAGUUAAGGUCAUGUACAUCCAACCGUCUUCAAACCCUACAAUGGUGAGUGCAUGGUGUACCGGACUGCCCCUUUUUUGAGUCUUCUCACAAGUAUACUUGACAAGGUAGCAUUCUUUUGUCAUUUACUCUUAAAGUUUAGAACAGUUGGAGUUUCGCCAGGGAAAUGGUAACUUUAAAACUUAGGAGUUAGGACAGUAUACUAAGGAAGACUAACAUAGUAAAAACUGAGGUGACAGACAACACCUGUUGUGUCAAAGCAUUUUGUUUACAAAUGUUCAUGUAAAGAGAAUUUCUAUUUUUGAAGAGUUGGACCUAAUCCUGUCCAUUUAUUUUCUUCAAUUAUAUUUUUUUGUCCUCA